AUGUUCAGAUCAUUGGCCAGAAAACUGCCCCUGGCGCGGUUCGGCCGCCGGUUUCUGUCCUCCGACAUGGACGAGUACGAGUCGAUGAUCUACAAGAAACUGGCGCAGGAGCUCGAGCCAGAGCCCGAAGUUCAAGGGACUCACCAUGAUCAAGCAGCAUCGGCUGGUCAACGAGCUGCUGAAGGACGAGAUAGCGAAGUGGCACGGGCUGCAGCUGAAAACCAAGGCCAAAAAAUAAGUACACUGUAA